CCGUAGUAGAACUAGUGCGUGUGUGGGCGAUACGUCUGUGAUGACGUCACGUGCGCCGGUGGCUGUGUGUGUCUCGAGCGCUUGUUAUUGAUCAGGCUCGUCCUCUCUUCGCAAAUACUGCGGGUUUGCCGUUGAAACGAGGAUUACAUCCGAGUAUCCGUUUAUGCCGUUUAUUGUGCAUGAAACAGGAGGUGGCCGUAAAUGCAGCGCAUCAAUCCCGUAUUAUAAAGAAGUUAUCCGUAUCUGGAGCGCGUGCACAUCAUUUCAUCAUUUCAUCGUUUAUCUGCAGACAUGGACGAGGACAAUCAAGUACCUGAAGACCUGUCCCUGGACGAGAGAGAUGAGCUGUCUAACAUACGCCGCAGGAAAAAAGAACUGCUGGAUGAUAUCGAGCGGCUGAAGUUUGAGAUCGCUGAAGUGAUGACAGAAAUCGAGCAGCUGACGUGUGUCGGUGAGAGCAAAACGGCACAGAGAAACAAGCAAAUUGCUAUGGGUAGAAAAAAGUUCAACAUGGACCCCAAAAAAGGGAUUCAGUUUCUUCUGGAGAACGACCUCCUGCAGCAGACACCUGAAGACAUCGCACAGUUCCUCUAUAAAGGCGAGGGAUUGAAUAAAACCGUUAUCGGGGAUUAUCUCGGGGAACGUGAUGAUUUCAACAUCAAAGUGCUCCAGGCUUUUGUGGAACUGCAUGAGUUUGCAGAUCUCAACCUUGUUCAAGCUCUGAGGCAGUUUCUUUGGAGUUUCAGACUUCCAGGUGAAGCACAAAAGAUUGACAGAAUGAUGGAGGCAUUUGCGUCCCGGUACUGCCAAUGCAACCCUGGAGUCUUCCAGUCCACAGACACGUGUUAUGUCCUGUCCUUUGCCAUCAUCAUGUUAAACACCAGCCUUCACAAUCCCAAUGUCAGAGACAAACCUGCUGUGGAGCGCUUCAUCUCCAUGAACAGAGGCAUCAAUGAAGGAGGAGAUCUGCCAGAAGACCUGCUCAGGAACCUGUAUGAAAGCAUCAAGAGUGAACCCUUUAAAAUCCCAGAGGAUGACGGAAACGACCUCACUCACACAUUCUUCAAUCCCGACAGAGAGGGCUGGCUGCUCAAAUUAGGUGGACGAGUGAAAACCUGGAAGAGGAGAUGGUUUAUACUGACCGACAACUGUUUGUACUAUUUUGAGUACACAACAGACAAGGAACCACGUGGAAUCAUUCCUCUGGAGAACCUCAGCAUCAGAGAGGUGGAGGAACCUCGAAAACCUAACUGCUUUGAAUUGUACAAUCCGAACCAUAAAGGUCAGGUGAUCAAGGCGUGUAAGACGGAGGCAGAUGGGCGAGUGGUGGAGGGCAACCACGUAGUCUACAGGAUAUCAGCACCCACACCAGAGGAGAAAGAGGAAUGGAUCAAAUCCAUCAAAGCGAGCAUCAGCCGGGAUCCUUUCUAUGACAUGCUGGCCACCAGAAAGAGACGCAUCGCCAACAAGAAGUGAACAGCGCCAUCCCAAAGCCCACGUGCACAGACGCACACGUACAACACUGCCUUUCUGAAGAGCCUCGGUGCGAGUCUGUGACGGUUUACACAGGAUUCAGUGUUUAUAGUCUCUAUCUCCUGUUUCUGCUCGUAUAAAACACAGCUCUGUCAUGACCUGUUUGUAUGUUGGUUUGUAUAUCAUUCAAGAAGUCACAGAGGUCAAAUAGAAAAGCCAUUUAUUUUAAAUGAGAUGAGAAAUAAUUACAAUCACUGAGCAGUGGUUUGACAGUGUGGCCAGACAGUCACUUAUGGUGCUGAUGGUUUCCUGUGUGUUUGUGUGAUGUCACAAGAAACAGGUGUAAAUGAGAUAACACGAGUCUGUGGAGUCAGCUGGACUGAUUUCAUGUUGAGCUAUAUGACAAAAACAAGACGUAUAUAGUUAGAGUUUUUGUUGUACAUUAAAGGGUACCGAUCCAUUUAACCUUUCAUUUCUGAUCUCCAGUAUAUAGGACACUACCUGCUGUUUCAUACAGUACCAUCUGUUAAUGUCAUAUGAAUGAAAUGCUUGCUUUUGUGGUCCCUUUACAAGUACACUUAAAUAUCUUUUAUAUUUAUUUUCUUUGUGAUAUUUUAUUCAACUUGACUGGUAAACAACAGAUCUAAGUUAUGUGUAAAUGCAUUUGUUAAUUUUUGUGUGUAAGUACAAUCUGUAGCAUAUAAAUCUACUGGUUCUUUAUAACAUUAGGGCUGUCUACUGAAUAGCCUUACACACUUGUGUACUUCUGUCAGGGAAAAAAUUACCAUGGCAUUCUGGAACAUGAUUUUUAAAAAAUCCAGUAGUCAUUUAUAUGUGUUGUAAAAUAAAAGCCCGGUCCAGGGGUAUAUAAUACUAUCUAUCUUUAAUGCCCAUUGGGGCUUCAGAUUAAUUUUUAUAUGUCUGUAUAAGCUAUUGGUGAUAUUGUAUAUAAAUACAUAAAGCAUUUCUAAAAGUC